AUGUCACUGAAACAAGAAAUCGAGACUUGGGUACAGGCCCUAGACGCCUACGACAACCAAGAAUUUGAGGAGUCCUUGCGGUUCUUUGACCAGAUCGCCGAUACAUCAAAGAUCUUGUUCAAUUGCGGGGUGAUUUAUGCGACUUUAGGCGAGCACUAUAAAGCGGUAGAAUGCUAUCAACGUGCUGUCGGCUUAGACCGGUAUCUAGCGAUUGCUUACUUCCAGCAAGGCGUGUCCAACUUCUUGCUCGGGGACUUUGAAGAAGCAUUGGCCAACUUCAAUGACACUCUGCUGUAUCUGCGAGGAAACACUUCAAUUGACUAUGAGCAGUUGGGUCUGAAGUUCCGUCUCUUCUCCUGCGAGGUCUUGUUCAAUCGAGGACUCUGCUAUAUCUACCUUCGGCAGAUGAACCCAGGUAUUCAAGAUCUUGAAUAUGCGUCGAAGGAGAAAGUCACGACAGAUCAUGAUGUGAUUGACGAUGCGAUCCGUGAGAACGCAGAUGGCUACACGGUAUUCUCAAUCCCAGUUGGGACUCUCUAUCGUCCUAAUGCAGCAAAAGUCAAGAACCUCAAGACGAAGGAUUACCUCGGCAAGGCUCGACUGGUCGCCGCAUCUGACCGUAACCAAUCAUCAGAUCACCAAUGGAAGCCAAUGGUCAUUGAUAAAGCAGCACUCCAAGGUCGUGAAGGAGUAUCUUAUGCUGCAACCAACCUGGUACACAAAAACCUCAGCAGCCGCACCCGUCAGCACUCCGAGCCCCCUCUAAACCGUAACGUAUUCCCACCAACACCACCACCAGAUGACCGAUCCGUCAGCACGGCCUCGGGCUCAGGAAGCCAUUCAGUGUCAGGCCACCACCGAUCAUCAUCCCUCCGAAACGUGCGCCCACCACGCCUAGACCUAGACCGAACAGGUGCCAGCCUAGACCGACGCCAAGAGCAACCGCCCACCGAGAAACCCCGAAUAGGCACAACACGCACAGCAUCCGAGCCUCGCGGGCCCUCCUCCAAGCAAAGCAACAUCCGCGGCUUCAGCCAAGAACCCAGCCGCCAAUGGACCCAACAACCCAGCCACAGACGAAACUUCAGCGACACAAACACAAGCACUACCUUCCCCCCGGACCAGGAAUACGGGCACUGCGAUCCGUACGACCCCUACACAAGCCAACAACGCAACCUAGCAAACGCAGGCUGGGGCCGCGGCUCCCGCCACCAACCACCCCAAUACAUCGACGAAGAAGAAGAAUACGGCAGCGACGCAUGCGACGCAACUACGCUUAAUGACGGAUCCUUCGAGCUGGUCAACACAGCCACAGCCCCCGGCGGCUCAUCCCAACAACGACGCACACGCUCGCCAACCCGCUUCUCUCGCCAUGCCAAUCCCCGCAGACCGGAGAUCCAGAAAUUCCGCACGAAGGUCCAUGCCCCCGAUGAUACGCGGUACAUCAUGAUUGGGCCGUCGAUUGAGUUUGCGGAGUUUGAGAAUCGCAUUCGGGAGAAGUUUGGCUUUAAGUGUCCGCUUAAGAUGAAGGUGCAGGAUGAUGGGGAUAUGAUUACGAUGGUUGAUCAGGAGGAUUUGGAUUUGUUGUUCACUUCUGCGAGGGAGGUUGCGAGGAGGGAGGGGAGUGAGAUGGGGAAGAUGGAGAUCUGGGUUGAAGAGCGCUCGAUGAUUUGA